AUGCAGGUCCGCGUUUUGCAGAAGGAGCUGGCGGCGUCGACUUCAGAGGAUACGCAUCCGUACAAAGAGGAGCUUGAGACGGCGCUGGAGCAGUGCUUCUACUGCCUUUACGGAUAUCCCAGCAAGAAGAGCAAGGCGCGGUAUUUGGAGGAACAUUCCACGCAACAGGUGGAUCUGGCGUGGUCAGACGCCCUCUUCAUGUUCGAGUAUUUCAAACCCAAGACCCUCCCAGAGUUCGAUAGCUACAAGACCAGCACCGUCUCAGCUGACUUGGCCAACCUCCUCAAGAAAAUGGCCGCCAUCGUCCCGCGGACGGACAAGCCCUCGCUGCGCAUGGAGGAGCUCUCCGCGUACAUUGAAGGCACCCUCAGCAAGGUUCCGGCACUUCCUGACGGCGCCGACGACUCCCCACCAGUCGUGACGGAGCUGUACUACCUCCUGGCAGACUACCAUUUCAAGAACAAGGAGCAAGCCAAGGCCAUCAAGUUCUACAUGCACGAUAUCUGCGUCUGCCCAAACAGGUUCGACUCCUGGGCCGGGAUGGCAUUGGCGCGGGCGAGCCGCAUCCAGGACAAGCUCAACUCCAACGAGCUGAAGAGCGACGGGCCGAUUUGGAAGCACUCAAACCCGGUGCUGAGCUGCUUCCGUCGCGCACUGGAGAUCGACAGCUCCAACCUGUCACUCUGGAUUGAGUUCGGGACCAUGUCCUACGCGCUCCACUCCUUCGCCUCAAGGCAGCUCAAGCAGUGGAAAGGAGAACUGCCCGCUGAGGUGGUCAAGCAGAUGGAGGAGCGCCGCGACGCCAUGCUGGAGACGGCGCGCCAGUGCUUCUCGUCGGCGUCCCGCUGUGAAGGCGACGGCGAUGAGGAGGAGUGGCUGAUCCAUUACAUGCUCGGGAAGAUCGCAGAGAAGCGCCGCGAGGCGCCGCUGUCCUUCCUGGCGCACUACAAGCAGGCCGGCUAUUUCCUUCACGAAGAGGCUGCCCGCUACCCCAAGAAGAUCCACUACCACAACCCCCCAGAACUGGCCAUGGAGGCCCUGGAGGUCUACUUCCGUCUCCAUGCCUCCAUCUUGAAGCUGGUGGGGAGCGGCGACCCUUCAGAGGCGGAGGCCGAGAUGCUGGUGGCAUUCAUGAAGGAGGCAGCGGAGGGGCCCUUCGCCCGCGGAGAGGAGAAGAGCGCCCCCAAAAUGGCCGACAAGUGAGGGACCCUUGAUCCCCCUUCGUCCACU